GAAGAAGCAGAAUGUCAGUACCGGUAGGCAGAAAAUGGCGCCAAGGGAGGUAGGAGCAUGCAUCCUCAGGCUGUGCCACUAGUUUCGUGGGCGACGGUGAACGGAGAGGUUCCUGCAGCGUGCAGGUUGUGACCAUGCGGCAAUUGCAUCUGCUAUGGCUCCGAUUGCCCUCGAAGCCAGCAGCAGGGCCUGCACCGCGGCUCUAGUUUGCGCCUCGGAAGAGAUGCCGGGGCUGGACCCGUCGUUAAAGUUGGGGACGAGGGACUCGAUGGAUUCCGGGGAUAAGCGACUCAUCUCCAUGGCAGCGAGCCCGGGGCGUGGCGCAAUGAAAGUAAUCGUUGUUGGGGGGACUCAGAGUGGGGUAGGGAAGACGUCAAUUGCCGUCGGGCUGAUGGCCGCCUAUCGGAGGAGGGGCCUGCGUGUGCAGCCGUUCAAAGUGGGGCCUGAUUUCCUAGACCCGAUGCACCACAGGGCUGCAACGGGUCGCGACUCAUUGAACCUCGACGGCUGGAUGCUUGACCGGGAAACGAAUCUUGCGUGCUUUUCUCGGUGUGUUCCGGACACAGACAUAGCCAUUGUGGAGGGCGUCAUGGGUUUGUUUGACGGGCGGGACGGGAAGACGGAGUCGGGGAGUACCGCUGAGAUGGCAAAAAUCAUUGGCGCGCCGGUCGUGCUGGUUCUGGACUGCUGGGCGCUUGCGCGGAGCGCCGCGGCAAUCAUUCACGGCUACAUGACGUUUGACCCUGCACUCGAUUUCGCCGGCGUGGUUUUCAACAAGGUGGGAAGCGAUGCACACACGACGUGGCUGAAGGAUGCGGUUGAGGCCGCUGACGUCACCGCAACAGUGCUGGGUGGCGUCCCGAAGGUUCCGGAGCUUGUGCUCCCUGAAAGGCACCUUGGGCUGCACAUGCCGGGCGAGGAGGGGGUCCCCAUCGACCACAUAGAAAAGCUCGCCGACCUGCUAGAAAAGCACGUCGACCUCGACGCGAUCCUCCAGCUGGCGGGCACCGUCGAGGCGCGCUCGCCCACGAGCACUGACGUUAGCGCUGAUGUCAGCAACGGCGACCCUGAGAGCCCAACGUUCGCUCCUGCAAAUGGGCUGCCGCCCCUCCUGCCGUCGCCGUCAAAAAUGGUCCGGAUUGGCGUCGCACGGGACGACGCGUUUUGCUUCUACUACCACGAGAACCUGGCUCUCUUGCAAGCGGCGGGGGCCCAGCUCGUGUACUUUUCCCCCCUGACCGACGCCCUUCCGACACGCAUCGACGGUCUCUACUUUGGGGGGGGCUAUCCCGAGUUGCAUGCUCCCCAGCUAGCUGGAAACACGCGGAUGCUGUACGCGAUCCGAGCGUUUGCUGCUGCUGGGGGGGUGAUAUACGGAGAGUGCGGGGGGCUAAUGUAUCUCUCCCAGGGGCUAGAAACGGCGGGCGAACGGUACCCCAUGUGCGGGGUGUUCCCGUUCUGGACGCGCAUGGUGCAGAAAAUGAUGAUGGGCUAUGUCAAGGUGGCGCCGCGGGACAACUGCGUUCUCUUCCCCGCGCACUUGAAGGAGCUGCGGGGACAGGUGUACCACUUUAGCGAGGUCAUUGAGGACGAGAGCCCCGGGAAAAUGACAGUCCCGGGGGGGCUGCCUCUGCCCGUCGAGCAGGCUUACACUGUUAGCUUGCAGUACCCCGGAGUGGAGCCGAUCCUGGAAGGGUUCCAGAUCGGCAACGUGCUGGCGAGCUACGUGCACCUGCAUUUCGGAAGCAACACGGGGGCCGCCACGUCGUUCGUGGAGAAGUGCAAGGAGGACACGUCAAAAGCGGCGGCGGUCGCCGCAGCAAGCGCCUCGGCAGUGGCAGCGGCAGGUGCCGAGGCUGCUGCCGCUGCUGGGGCCGCCGCCGCCGCCGCCGUGCAUGCCGCUCUGAACGAGUCCGACUCCAACCAACUCGUCCGAUAUUCGUCCGAAAACGGCGGGCCCGCUCUCCUCAAAUCCAUCGUAAGCGCUCCGAUCGUGACCGAGAUCCACGACCCCCUGAUCCGCGAACUCCGCAGCUCACGCGAGUUUUCGGACGGCCGGGGGAUCCCUCCGGACGUUCCGGGCAGGCAUUCGGACACCCGGGCGAGCCAUCCGGACGCUUCGGGCCGGCAUGCGGACGGCCGGGGGGGCUAUUCUAGCUGGGACUGGGCGCGGCGGGAGAGCGACUCGGGGCCGCUCUACCGGGUCGACUCGGCGCCGAUGUCGCGCGCGGGGUCGAUAUCGAGAAACGGGUCGGUCGACUGGUCGCGGAAACCGGUGUCGCGGGCCGCGUCCAACGAGUGGACGAACGGGUUCUCGAACGGGGGCCUCCGGGGAUCCCCCUUGAAGGGGACACGUGGCAGCUCGGACGGGAGCUCGGACGGCGGGUCGCAUCUGCGGACGUCGGCGGAGUUGGACGACGAGGGGGGCUCCGAUUCUUCGGACGAUUUCGGGCCCCCCAGCACGUCGGGACGGUAUCAUAGAAUCAGUCCGCGGAGUUCGUUGAACGGGCGCGAGUGGGGCGGAAGCGGAACGUGGCACGGUCCGAUGACGGUGUACGGGGCGCCGAGGCGGUUGCCCGUGAAGAUCGUGUCGUUGCUGCCGCAUGCAACGGAGAUCCUUAUGCACUUAGGAGUAGGCGAUAGGCUAAUAGGCAUCUCGGAUCUGUGCGACUUCCCGCCUGGCGUGCACACCCGGGGGCGGCACAUCGUGUGCAGAAGCAAAAUCGACAGCUCCAAAAUGAGCUCCAAGGAGGUCGACGCUAAGUUGCGCACGCUCAAGGAGCGCAAGGAGAGCCUGUUCGAGAUGGACGUGGAGUGGCUGGCCCGGGAGCGCCCCGAUCUAGUUGUCACGCAGGACUCGUGCCAGGUGUGCGAUGUCGACAAGAGCGAGGUCGCGCGCGCGCUCUCAACGGCGGGGCUGCUCGACGGCGACACGGAGGUCGUCGUGCUGGAUCCAAGAACGAUGGCCGACGUCUUCGCCAGCAUCCUGAAACUAGGAGAAGCGGUCGGCGCGGCCGCAACCGCUCGCGCCCUGGUAGAGCAACUCCGGGCGCGAUCACGCGCGGUCGCGGGAGCGGUGGCUGGGGCGUCGCACCGGCCGCGGGUGCUGUCGCUAGAAGGGCUGCACCCGCUCGUUCUGGGGGGGCACUGGCUACCGGAAAUGAAGAUCUUGGCGGGGGGGGUGGACGGCUUGCAAGAGCCCGGGUGCAACGCGGAGCGGCUGCAGUGGGAGCGGGUCAUCAAGUACGAUCCGGAGGUCCUCGUCCUGGUUCCCUGCUCCUCCAAUCCUGAGCGUUCGUUGUCCGAAGUCGAGUAUGUGGCAUCAUGUCCGGGCUUCUGGAACCUUACGGCCGUCCAAAACCGGCAGGUCUUCAUCUGCGAGCACUCGUUUUUCAGUCGACCGGGGCCCAGGUUGGUCCUGGGCGUAGAAAUAAUGGCGCGCAUGCUCCACCCGACGCACGUCUCGGGGAAAGCGCCCGCCGGGGCCGCGCUCAAGCUGAGCCUGCCGCCUGGCCAAAAGUGCCGUCCGGAAGACGUCCGAAAAUACUUCGAGCGCUUCCAAUAGCUACUCUGGGCGUCCGAAUGUGCUCCCUUGCGCCAAAAGUAGCCAUUUUGGGCGUCCGAAACGUUGAGACUAAAGAGUCGAUGUCAAUACUUAGGUCAAAUAGAGCGUGCUGAACAGAGUCUUAGCCGGCGGUCCAGAUAUAUUGGCCGGCAAUAAGCCGUCGCGAUUGAUAAGCGCGGCAGCCCAGAAGAGCGGCGUUCGCUUGGCCCUGGGCCAUAGCUUGGGUCCUUUAAGUCCUGUAAAGAUUGUGUUACCUCGAGCUUGACACGAUUUGAUUGCGGAUCGAUAACAUGAUACGGAUUGAGUGCCAAUGCCAGCCAAGUUAAUUAAUGCCAGCUCAGGUUUGCAUGCAAUCAUUGCAGCGUGACGUCAGAG